AUGCAUUCAUACAUGACAUACCUCCAUGGGGAGGAAACAUGGCACAGCAUUAAACGCCUAGGGAACCUGCAUGUAAAGAAGGCUAAACUGUUAGGCCCUCUAGCCUUCCUGCUACGCUGUCGAGAUGAGAACACGAUUCCAUGCUUUUUCAGGGUGAGCCAUCACAUCAACACCCCGGCAGCCAGAAGAAUCUAUCGUUGUGCCAGCUCUGCCCUGUUGUGGGAAAGAGGUACUCUCGCAAGUAGAUUGGGAGUGGAUCGACGCGGCCACCACAGUACAACAGGUGUCAACAUGAAAGAAGACCACAGAGGAACAGAAAGGGAAGUUCACGCGGCUAUCUCAACAACAACAAAAACAACAACACAGUGCAGAACAAAAACCAACAGAACGAACUGUCAUCAACAUGACAGAGAAAGAGAUCGAUGUGGCUGCCAUUUCGGCGCUUAA